AUGCAGUGGCGGAAACUGGCUCGACUCAAGACAGCCCCGGGACAGUCACGAGCGCGGAGGAUGCUUUGCUGCGGUCGCAGAAAGGAGAAUGGUCGUUCCGUGCCCGAUCUCACGGCAUCUCCGGGGCGGGCGCCGGCGGGCAGCAACACAGGCGCCGUAAUUGCUGGCAACAUGUCAGGAGCAAUGCAAAGUAAUGCAGGCGCGGUCGCGGUCGUCAAUAAUCGCUGCAAAGAACCGAUGCUGCUUCAGGGCGACUUUCGGAAAGUAUCUGGUAUCAGUUCGGAAAUCUUUCGGCAAAUUGAACAAGUAGAAAACGAUCACGAUCCCAGCACGGCUGCAGCCCUUGAAGCGGUAGAACGACGUGGCGAAAUGAUUGUGCGUGUGCUAGAACCUCGCUUAAUGGGUAGCCGAGCAGCUUGUGAUGCCGCCCAAAAGUUUCUAAGCCGUGGGGACGCUUGCCACGUCGUGCAGCUAAUAGAAAUCAUCAAACGUCCAGGACAGACGCUUGGGCUUUACAUUCGGGAAGGAAACGGUGCUGAUCGUUCUGACGGUGUUUUUAUUUCGCGUAUCGCCCUGGAAUCGGCACUUUAUAAUAGUGGUUGUUUGCGAGUAAGUGAUGAAAUAUUGGCGGUAAACCUCGUGGAUGUUACUCGCAUGUCGUUGGACGAUGUCGUUAUCAUAAUGUCCAUUCCGCGUCGAUUGGUGCUGGCCACCAGACAGCGCCGCGGUGGUCGUGGCGCGGGUUCUCCAGGACCACCACCUCCAUCACGACCAGAACAAAAACCACCUCCUGUAGUUGUCAUUAAGAGAGAAUUACGAGAAGAUGAAACUGAUGAAGACCGUCGUCCACGUUCUUCUCGCGAACGGAGGACUGGAGACGGCCGUGAAAUGACUGAGUCGCGCUCACGUCUGGGCCUAGGGUUGGCCGGAUAUAGCCCACCGACUGAACAGCAUGGGGAUCGCUUCUUUUCUCGGCCCGAAGCACCUCAUACUUGGGGCUACAAACCUCCACCUCCACCACCACCUGUAAUUACGGAGCAACCCAAAACUGCACAACACUUUGGCACUUACUAUCAGAAUGCGGCCGACGCUGGAACGUUAGAAAGUCUUGCGGAAAAAGUGCAUUCUUUUUAUCCUGGGCGUCGAUUAUCAUCAGGCCCAGAUCAUGAUUCUAGUUCGCACACAAGAUUCCCUCGUUCCGGAUCUGAUCAGCAUUUGCCCCGCGUAGAAUACUCAGAUUUUUCUUCUUUGGGACGGCAUUCUUUAUUACGUUCAAGUUUGAAAAGUGGUGGUACAUUGUCCAGUCGCUACGCUCAACAGCGAUACGAUCCUUCGCCGCGCAGCAAAUACGCGACACCGCCGUCGGCCAGUACGUUGACUAGACGUUCGAGAACAUUAGAUUAUUCAUCGGAUACAGAAGCAUCAUGCGGUCCACGUCCUGAAUAUUAUUAUUAUCGCAACCAACUAACGCGACCAGCUCCUGAUAUACCCUCUAAGUUCAACUCGUUGCCGCGCGAUACCCGUGGCGCGGGUGUGCGCACGGCAGGACUAAGAACGAGACUUGAAGAACGGCUUGCGCAUGAGGGUGAUGGCGCUCUUUCGGCACCUGAACAUGGACGCAGAGACCGAGUAAUAACUGGCCGGCUACCUGCUUCACCAUCAAUUUUUACAUCUGACGAAUAUCGAGCUUGGUUGCGAAGAGCGCCUUCCAGCUCAGCUAUUUGUGAACAAAUGCGUGCAUCUAGAGAAGUUCUGAAUCAACAGCGUGCACAUAGAUUUUCAUGUAGUGCUGAAAAUAUUCAUGAUGCUCUUAAAAAUGCUGAAAAUAGUAUGUAUGGAGGUGCUACUGGCAUUUUGGGGGGUACAUUAGAUCGACAUUCCAUAAGCCGUCUACCUUCUGCGACACCAGUUCGUUCGCUUUCAACACAGCAUUUUGGAACGCGGACGCAAAGUGUUCGUCGCAUGAGACAGUUACUUGAACUCGGUGGUGCUUUGACCCAUGGCACAGCAAGUCCUGCACCGACACCGAGUUCUACUCUUUCACGUUCAAAUCGACAAGUUGACAUAAAUCCUGCCGAAUUUUUAAAAUACAAACUAGACAAGCCGUGCAAUGAAGGUCCUCCAGUGUCUGGAAUGCUCUGGAUUCAUUUAUUGGCUGGUAGAGGCCUACGCGCCGCACCAGAACCUGGAGCGCCUGCUGGAGCCAUUCGUGAUUUGUAUUGUGUUCUAGAGUGCGAUCGCGUUCAUAAAGCGCGUACGGUAGUACGAGCCGGUGACCUACAAUUUGAUUGGGAUGAAUCCUUCGAACUCGAUUUAGUAUCAAAUCGCCAGUUAGAUCUAUUGGUGUAUUCAUGGGAUCCGCAGCAUAGACACAAGCUUUGCUAUCGUGGCGCUGUGUCUUUAUCUGGUUUGCUGAGGCAAAGUUCUUUGCAUAGAUUGGCGCUCAAAGUAGACCCUCGCGGUACAUUGUACUUGCGACUGAAGCAUACGGACCCAGCACAGUUGUACCGAAGACGAGGACCGGCGACGCCGCGAGGUGGUCCUUGUCCUCCUUUGUUUGGUGCAGAUUUGGAAGGUACUGUAAGUCGCGAAGCUAAAGCUCUUCCCCCGGGAGCUCCAGCUGUUCCUACAAUAGUUAGACGAUGUGUAGAAGAAGUUGAAAGGCGAGGACUAGACAUUAUCGGCUUGUACAGAUUAUGCGGCUCUGCGACUAAAAAGCGCCUUUUGCGCGAGGCUUUUGAGCGUAAUAGUCGCGCCGUAGAGUUGAGCCCUGAUCACGUUCCUGAUAUCAAUGUCAUCACUGGUGUGCUGAAAGAUUAUCUUAGAGAAUUACCAGAACCACUGUUCACGCGAUGCCUUUAUCAGAUGACUGUAGAUGCACUUGGUGUGUGUCUACCCGAUGAUCCCGAAGGAAACGCAAAACUAAUGCUGAGCAUUUUAGAUUGCCUUCCACGGGCUAAUAGAGCUACAUUGAUCUUUUUAUUGAAUCAUCUCUCGUUGGUCGCAUCGGCUUCUGAGCGCAAUAAGAUGUCGGCUCAAGCUCUGGCCACUGCACUAGCUCCGCCUCUAAUGCUACACGCUACAUCCGAGGGACAGCAGACUCCAGAUUUAGAUCAUGCACAGCCCAUUGCUCUAUUGAAAUAUCUGUUGCAGAUUUGGCCGCAACCAGAACGCCCUACAGCUUCCGUAACGCAGGGCAUCACUGCUGUCGUCUCAGGUACUGUGCCGUCUCUGGAAUCUGCCAACAUUAAUUUUGUGGAUGUAGACAGGUCGGCGCGCAGAGCAAGCCGCGCAGCGUGGAGGCAGAGUCAAUGUGUCGCAAGCGGCCAGACGUGCUCCGCCACUGGCCGUUUAAAAGUUGUUGCUACAAUCAAGCCUAUUCAUUCACUUGUAGCUUCUGUGACAGAUGGGAUCUUAGAACCAGAUUUGUUAGACUACACAACGUCUGAACAUGAUUAUAUAUUAAAGCCCUCUGAUGCAAGUAGUCUGGAGCUCAGUGAUGUGGUAUUUUAUGUCGAUGAUAACUUAGAGACAUUUGUAAAAACUUUUUCUAAGGAUAAUAAGAGGUUAGUGCAAUUAUCAAAAACUAUUGACCUACUGCCUACUCGACCACAUUCAUUUUCCAAAAAGGUUGCCAAUGUUCACGAAGAAGAUUCAUAUCUUGGAAUGAGAACCUUAAUGGAGUUGAGAAAGGUAAUGAAGAAAGAAAAUAUUAAGUGUAUACUUUCUCACUCGCGAGAAGACAGUAUAAAACCUCAAAUCCUUUCUAGUGACACAAGAACAACAAUUCUUGAUCCUAUUGGUGCAGAAAUAGAAUCUGGAGAAAGCGCCUACUUAGCUAUAAUGAAUGACAUUGCACAAGGUUUUAAGUCCUGUUUUGCUGCUCCAACACGAGACUAA